AGUUAACGACGCCUUGUCUUAUGGAGUGGAUGUUUUUGCUAAAACACUGCACAUUGACUCCACGCGCCAAAAUGCAUUUCGUUUAGAGAGAAACGUUACUUUUUGGUGGAAUUUUGUGUGAAAGAAAAGAAAAUCUGUGUGAAGUUUUUUUUUGCCAACGGUCAGUGCACUCAAAAAGGACUCCAAGAAAUUUUUUUGUGACUUCAAGUGUCUCUUUAGGACGCAAAUUUUAUCGAAUGUCCCCUUAAAAAUUUGUUUGUGGAGAAUUUUACAGAAUUUCGUUGAAUUUCUCUGAAUUUCUUCGAUUUUGUGAUUUAAGAACAUUUUCUAAGUGUUUGAAUUUUCCGUUAAUCGAAUGGACAAUAAUUCUCGACGAUUUUUUUUCUCGAUCAUAAUCGAAUUGACAAUUUUCACAAAUUACAAUCACUUUUAAUUAUCCAAUUAAAAGUAAAUUAAGAGACGAAAGAAUAAGAAUUAGAAGGAAAAAAAUUCCAUCAGUGUUUUCUGCAGACAUAAAUUAAGAACAUUCGGACCAAAUGGUGGCACCAACAGACGAAUCUUUAUUGAAGAUUAUUUAUUGAUUAAUUAAAAUUAAUUUUCAUCAUUUGGUGUUUGGGUUUGUGUUGUGCUGUGAAGCUGCGUCGAAUUGAUACCAAUUGUGUGCUUGAUUUCGUCACAUGCGAGGAAGAUUUUUUUUUAUUUCUUUCAUAAAUUCUUCUUUUUGCCGGGUACCGUGAAAAACUCUAAGGACACUUAACGAAAGACGAGAAAAAGAAACAAAUUAAUUACUAAAUUUAAUUAAUCGUGAUUAAUUAGAAGUGAAACACUGAACACACAAAUCAGCCGGAUUUCAUUUGGAACUAAUAGAGUAUAACCGUCAAAUUUUGAUUAAGUUCUUUGGUGUUUUUUUCGGUGUUGCAAAACUAUUCAAGGCAAUAUUUCGUUCAGUUAUUCUUUGCAAAUAAUAUUCUGUGCGGUUUAAAACAUUAAAAUAAAAUAAACUAUAAACUUUGUGCUGUGUUGGUUUUUCUUUGCAUUGACUGUGCAAUUAAACAACGUUUAACCAAAUAAAUUUAGUGAAACGUUUAAAUAAAAAACUUAACGAAAGUUUUUAUAAAAAUCAGCUAAACGACAUUUUCAUCAAAUCCCGUCGAAUUUUCUAAUAAUCAAGUAAAACACUUCAUGCUGAUUUGGUCACCACGUGGUUGAACUUUUGAGGUGAAAGAGUGUCCGUAGAGAGCAUCAAAAGUUAGCGCAGCAGCAGCAAAGACAAAAAACUCGUAAUUUUUUUUCUCUUGCUUCCCGCCAAAACAACGACACAGUGGAAAAAGCUCAAGGAGUUCCAAUUCUGAACGCUUCCGACGAGUCGGGAUGCGAGUCUGAUAUGGCAGAGGGUUGCGAGGAAGCAGCUGAGAAUAGCAAUAGUGGCAGUGGUGAAGCCAUUGCGAUGCUCGGGGGCACAGUAAUGCCCUGUGAAUCAUCAUCGGGACCCACAUUGGGUGUCAUCAAGCGCGAACUGGAGUCCAUUCAGGCCAAUACCAGCAACACCAUGACACCAUCAUCCACAUCCUCAUCCCCGACCAUUCUACAGCAGCAGCAGCAUCCAAUCAAUCUCAAAUCAGAGGUAAGAUGUCCUGAGAGAAAAACCUUCUUUGUUGAUGACGAUACAUUCAUGGAUUUCUCUGAAAGCGAAAGAGAUGGCGAGAGUACUCCGCCGGCGAGUCCACAGCACGUACCGCCGUCACAUAUGAACGAGCGCCUUGCUACGGGUCUUUUUAGUGCAUCAAUGCUAAGCGGUGAACGACAGCCGGCGUCUGAGCAUGCAAAAGCAGCCGCAGCAGCUGCUGCUGUUGCUCAAGCCCAUCUUAAUGGAACUAUGCAGGGAAUGCUAAAUCUACAGAAGCUACAGAAUCUCGCUACAAUUCAGCACGCCUCCAUGCCGCCAUCAUUGAGUGGCCUUCAGGGGCUGGCGGCGGGUCUAUCGUCGCUCAAUUCGCCGCUGAAUCUCAGCGUAACGGGUGGGAAUGCACCAAUGACGGCCAGCGGCGGAACUGCCAAUGCCGGCGGUAGUGGUGAUGGAAGUAGCGGGAGUGGUGCAAUCGGAAGUGCACAGCUGCCGCAAUUAAUUCUAGCCUCGGGACAACUGGUGCAGGGCAUUCAGGGGGCACAACUACUAAUACCCACGUCACAAGGAAUUGCAACACAAACCAUCCUCACAAUUCCUGUUAGUCAGCAAGUUCACUCAAAUGAGCAACUUGUGCAACAUUUGGCGGCUCUUAGCAAUGGCACGACGGCUCUCAAUGGCCCCGUGACGCCGCCAAUUCUCAAUCGGCACCUUCUCUCGAAUGGCGUCCAGCAGCUCUUGGCUGCCGUCCAGCCAGCGCUCUUUGGUGCCACGAGUCCACAUCAAACAAUGCCACAAGCCCCCGUGACGCCGGUGACGAAUGUUUCUCCGCGGCGGAUGCCGUCGACGUCGCCGCCGCUGCAUCAUCGGAGCAUGCACACAUCACCGAAGGCUAGUCCACCACGUGGAGCUGCAUCGUCGCAUCAUCCAUUUGAGAAAUUGCCAACGACCACUGCUACGAGUACAUCGCAAGCCCCACAUUCGCCUCUCUACACGGGGCAGCCGUCCAAUGGCCUCGGGUGCGCCGGCGGUGGACCCCAAAUGCCGCCUGGGUCGACGGCGCAAAGCCAAACGUCACUCCAUCACACAACAACUAGCUCAAGUCGACUUUCUCCCAUUCCAGCGGCCAUGAACAGGCUAUCGUCACAAAAUGGCGAAUUAACCAUCACAAAAUCCCAUGGGCCAUCACCAAGUCAUAGUUCAUCGGGUUCUGGAUCAAAUCACCCCUCAAGCCAACACACUGUGCCCCCAAUGAAGCUAAGUCCGUCCUCAAUGCAUCUCUCACCAACUGGCACGGACAAUUCCAAUGCCGAUUUCCUUGCGGAUUCACCAAAUGAACCCACCAUUAAUCAGGCAACGUGCAACGUGGUCGAUGGCAUUGACCUGGAUGAGAUUAAGGAAUUUGCCAAAGCCUUCAAGUUGCGACGCCUGUCGCUUGGUCUCACGCAAACACAGGUCGGUCAGGCGCUAUCCGUAACAGAGGGCCCAGCCUACAGCCAGAGUGCCAUAUGCAGCAGUGCCCUCGCCGCACAGAUGUAUGCAGCGCAAUUCUCAACGCAACAACAGGCUAUGUUUGAAAAAUUGGACAUCACCCCAAAGAGUGCUCAGAAGAUUAAACCAGUCCUCGAGCGAUGGAUGAAAGAGGCAGAAGAAAGUCACUGGAAUAGGUACAAAAGCGGCCAGAACCAUUUGACGGACUUUAUAGGGGUUGAACCAUCGAAGAAGAGAAAACGAAGGACCUCCUUUACCCCACAAGCCCUUGAAUUGCUCAAUGCGCACUUUGAACGCAACACCCAUCCUUCAGGUACAGAAAUAACUGGCCUAGCACACCAAUUGGGGUAUGAGCGUGAAGUUAUACGAAUUUGGUUCUGCAACAAGCGUCAGGCCUUAAAGAAUACAGUCCGAAUGAUGUCCAAAGGAAUAGUUUAAGGAUAAAUUUAAAAAGAAAACAAAAACACGUGGGAGGAAUUUUUGCGCACGGAUCUCACCUUUUUCCCUGUGAGAUAAUGACCUUCAACCCCACACUCAACCACCACCAACAUACAUUUCAUAUCACCUCUAUCACUGUGUUAGAGAGACGUUAAAUUUAAAGAAAAGGAAAAGAAAACUAAAUAGUAGGAGAUAGAAGAAAAAUGAGGAAAAUGCUGUAGAAGUGUAAAAAAAUGGUUUUAGAACUCCCUUUAAGAUGGAAAAAAAUGACGUGAGAAUGAAAGAAAUUUUAUGCAAAAGGGUGUUUGUAUAAAAGAAAAAAAAUGAAAACAACAAAUAAUCUGUAAAUAAAGUAAGAAGAAAAAAUUUCAAGAAUUUUAACUUAAUGUUUAAGGAUGUUAUAGAAAAAGAAAAAAAAUGCAUUUUGCCAUAAAUUAUUUCGUAGACUUUGCACAUAUUUUAGUAAAACUUUAUUUUCUCUUUUAAUUAAUUAUUUUUCUUGUUUUUUUUUUUAGCUCUUUAGGAUUUCUUAGGAAAGAUUUAUUUUAUCAAUUUAAAACCCCCAAAAUGGGGCGUUAGAAAAAAAGAAGAUAAAAUACAAACCAAUAAAUUAGAAAUGAAAAAGAAUUUUACAAAGAUGGGUCUUAAUCUUUUGAUCAGAAAAUAAUUAUUUGUAGUCAGGGGAAUGUUUUAUAUUGAUCGGGAUAAUAUACCAUGUGGAAUUGAACAUUUUUUUUUCCUUAGAUAUUACAAUAAAAGUUAUAAAUGAAUGUUUUUGUGAGUUAAAAUAAUCUUAAUAAAAAAAAUAUGGGAAGUUUUAUGAGCUAAAAAGUAUCCUUUUACAAGAAAAAAAGUUUUUUUUUAAUAAAAGAAAUGAUUUUUACAUGGAAAAGAACAUAAUUUGAGUCAAAUCGAAAAGAUUUUUCUGAUCAAAUGAACCGAUAUUUUGCGAUUAAUUAAAAAUGUUUUUUUUUUAUUUAAAAAAAGAUAUAAAUUUCAAACAAAAUGAUUUUUUUUAUUUAAAAAGAAAAUUGUUCCAAAAAGAUUUUUCUACCUAAUCUCUAAAUAAGAAAAGAGAAUCUUGUUUUAAGUUAAAAUUAAAAAAAAAAAAAGGCUGUCGGGCCAAAAAAUGGAAUUUUUCUGAUUUAAAAAGAAAUCUUUCAGGUUGAACGGAUAAUCUCGAUUCCUGAUUAAAGAAUUAAGAUUGUUUAUUUAAAAUAAGGAACGUUUCUUUGAGUUCAAAAAAAUUAAGAAAUUCUGAGUUAAAAAAUCCAAUUAAACGUCAAAUGAGUUUAAAAAGAACAUUUUUCUAAUGAACAAAUUAACGUUUUCGAAGAAAUUUUUAAUUCUCUUCAAAUAAAAACGUUCUUUUGACCAAAAGGACAAUUUUUCCCGACAAAAUGGAACAUUUUCUUAUUCAAUUCGAAUUAAAUCAAAAAUUCUGCUGACAAAAAUGAAUAAUUUUCUGACCAAAAGAUUUUUCCCGUUGAACGGUGUGUCAUCGAUUUAUGAGUUCAAAUUAACUUGUAAAGUGUAUUAAAUUUAAUUCUUUAGUAAUUAAUUAAUUUAGCUUCCCUCACCCAGAGCUUAAGGAGUUUAAUUAAUUAUUAUUUCAUUUUAAUUACAAAUUAAAAAUUUUUGUGACCUCUUAGUUGAUUCGCUGUGGCCAUUGGACAAAAAAAUCUUUGUAAUUUACAAAAUAAAAAAAAACCUUCAUCAUGAUUUUUGUUAUAAAAUGGCAAAAAAUAUGUGAAACCAAAGUUCCUAUACUUAUUAGACAGGCGUGUGGGUGGUAGAUGAGGGUGAAUUCUUAGAAAAGUAAAUUGAAAAGAAAAACAUUUUCUGGGAAAUUUAUUUGAAAAAAAAUUAAAUAAAUAAAAUUAUCCCAGAAAAAUGAGAAAUUGUGUAAAAUAGAAAGAAUUCUGAAUGGAAAAGUCAAGAAAAAACUUUCAGCUGGGGAGAAUCAAAAAAUGAGGAAGUGAAAAAAGAUUUAAAAAACUACAGGACACGGAAGAAUUCCUUUUAAAAACAACAAAAAUAUAUAAAUACAAAAAAUACGUAGUAGGGAUUAAGUUUUAAUAUUGUUGAUUUACAUAGACAAAAGAAAUUAAUAAAAAUGAUAUAAAAUGGACAUAAAAAAUAUUGAAUAAUUUAAUUUUCAUUUUCCUUUCUCAAAGGAAAUCCAUUUUCCCAAAAAAAAUAUUUAUGAAAAAAUAUCCAAAAAAUAAACACAAUAAAAACAUGUAAAAAAAAGUAAUAAAUGAAAUUUAAAAAUCACGAAAAAAAAUAUUAAGACAUGAUAAUUUUUGAGAAAACAAAAAAUAAAUCACACACAAGAUAUAAAAAAUCACAAAAAAUAAAUUUAAAAAAAUGAGUAAAAAGUAUGAAUGUGAUUAGAAAUGUAUACCGAAAAAAAAUCCAAGUUCGACGAAGAAUUUUUUUUUUGAGAAAAAAAGAGACCUUAAAAAUACUAAUUAAAAAAAAUAAAAAAACACAUUCAAGGAUCACAGAUAAAAUUGUAGAAUUUAAGUAAAUUGCUAAAAGAAGAAGGAAAAAAUGAAGUGAAUCAUAGUUUUAAAAAUUUCUGUAAAAACAAAUCACUUAAGUAAUAAUAAUAAAAAUUUAAGAAAAUUAAACAA